AUGGCGGAUGCCGAGUUGUCGAGGGCCCUCAGGGAUUUACCGAAUCGUGUGCAGACGUCUAGCAAAAAGGAGCGUCAGGAAAUCAUCCAGAAUGUCAUCAGUGUAUUGUCAAACCCAGGUCUCAAUGAGAAGAUUGUCAGUGGAAUAUGCAAGGUUGUAUCGAUCACUCUUCAUCGAUACAGGGACACAGCCUCGCAGUCUUAUGUCAGAAAGUUGAUUGUUGAGUUGCUGAAGCAUCAGCCUGAUGCCACCAUCAAGGGGAUGACUGGGGUCAUUGUGGAGCAGGCGGGGUGGCAUCAGAAUGUUGUGCCCACCUGUAAUACAUCACUGACCGCGUACCAAGCGCUGAAAUGGUCCGCCCUAACCCUCUCCGCGCUCUCGAAAACCCCGACGUACGCGACCUCCCCAGACCUCCCGAAACUGCUCGAGUCCCAGGCUCUGCUCUCAGCCGCGUCCCUGGCGUGUGCCCCGCGCCCCCUCCCCCCGAAGAUAACGACGCUCCUGACCCACCUCUGGGCCGCCCUAACCCCUCCCCAGUUGGAGACCUACACAGAAACCUUGAUCAACCUCCCGCCCUCCCCGGGUCAGAUAAUCCUCGCGAGUCUCCUUACGAGCCACCUAAUAACCUCAAACAACGCGCCGCUAGCGGACACCCUAAAGUCCCCGAUAAUAUCCACUCUGAUAAAAACCACGAUAAGCAGUAAAACAAAGCCUGACCCUCACCUGCUGACCUCCGCGUCACCCUUCCUCAAGCGGCUGACCUGCGAGGACUUCAAAUCCCAAAUCCUCCCAGCCCUCCAGAAGGCGAUGCUCCGUAACCCGGAGAUAAUAAUCCAAUCGGUCGGUCAGAUCCUCUCGCACCUCUCGCUGGACCUCUCUCCGUACGCCCUGGACCUCUCAAAAUACCUGUUCGCGAACCUCCACUCGAAGGAGGACUCGGUCCGCUCGGAGUCGGUCCGCGCGUGCAAGGAGCUCUCGCUGAAAUGCUCGGACGCGAAAACUCUAGAGUCCCUCCUCUCCUCCCUUUUCGCGAUUUUCCACGGUUCCGAGGGCAAACUGACCCUCGCGGACCACAAGAUAUCGGUGCUGGAAGGCGCCGGCAAUCUGAGUUACAAUUCCGCGAGCGAAAGCGCAUCCGAGAGACUCGCGGAAUCCGCGAUGACCCAUUUCAUCAAGGUCCUGGACACCGAGGUCCACGAGAAGACCCUCAUCCACGCGCUGGAGAUGCUCAGUCUCUGGUGCGCGAAAUUCACGGCAGAACCCCCAGGAGUCCUCCUUGAGGCCUUCAAGAAGGGCAUCAACGCGAAGUCGUCAACACCUGGUACUAGAACCGCGUAUUUCAAAGUGUUGUUUCAUAUUCCAAUCGUCGCGACAUCUUCAACGAUAACUCCGAUACUAUCGCAAGCGAUCACGCGAGCUGUUCAACAGUCUGCGCAACCGUCCGCGGUUACCGAAGGUCUGAUUGCGUCGCACCUUCUGUUGAAGCUUGUCAUCGCGGGACAAGUGGAGAAUGAUAAACAAAGCGUCCUCUGGUCGUCGAUCGACGACCAGAUCUUCUUCUCGGAUAAGUACCUAGCGUCCCUCAGCGACGAGGAAACCGUCCACCAUUUGAUGCAGUUCUGCACACUUCUGAUAUCCGAGUACUCAGACAAAUUAAAUGAAAAGUCCCUCAACGCGGUGCAUCGGGCCGUCAUCAUCUGUCUCGUCUCCCCGAGCUCGGCGACGCGCAAGAAAUGCGCGCCGUUGAUGACCGGUCUUUUUACGGGUUUGAGCACCUACGAGCCGGGGCUCAAGAGCCUCAUCAAGGAGUUUAACAGAUACGCGAGCCUCGAGAAAGAGUGCAAAGAGGACUCUGGAACCAACGAGGCUAACGGACGAGCCCUCGCCGACGGGCUUCUCGCGAUCUGUUCGGCUACAUUCCUCCACGAGUCUUCAGCCCUUGAACUCGUUGGAGACGCCCUCAUCCCCGCGCACCACCCGAUAAUCCUUAAAUCAGUGCCGAAUCUGUGGACGAAGAUCUGUAAACACCAGAAGCUGACGCCAGAAGGCUUCUUCAACAGCUACGGGAACGAGAUCCAAAAGAACUUCAUCGAGAACUAUAAACCAACGCCAUCUUACGAGAAUUCCCUGUCAACUAUAGUCCAACAUUCCGAGAAGAUUGUCCCCGCAUUGGUGAAGCGAGUGACUGAAGACCUCAACGACCUCGAGAUCACCAAAGUCACCAAGGACGAGUACUUUACGUAUCUGACCCCCGAGGGUGAGCUCUAUGACAAGUCCGUUCUCCCCGGAACCGACGACAAUGACAUCCUGAACUCGAUGAAUAUGAAACGCGAGUCCAAAGUCUAUUCCUUCAAGGAACAGCAAGAGGAGCUGCAGCUUCGUCGAGAGUUGUAUGAGAAGCGUAAGCGGGAAGGAAAGAUAAAGGAGCAAAAACUUACCCCGAAGCAGGAAGAAGUGAUCAAGGCUCAGGUGGCUCGUGAGAACGCUAUCAGAAGACGGUUGAAGGACCUCAACGACAAGAUCACGACCGCUGUGUCGAUGGUGACGGCUGGAGUAACUGGAAACUCCUUCGCGAUGUGUCUAUACUUUCGGGAUCUUCUGCCAAGUGUCCUGAGAAAUCUAGACAGUCCGCUGGCAGCUCCAGUAAUCACCAAACUGUAUCUCGACCUGAGUAGGACUCUCCAGGUGGACGAUCAGGGUUUGAUAAUCCUCGUUGGACAUGUGACGUUGAGGCAACUGACGCCUCAAUGCGACCUGGACCCCGCGUGGGAGGAGGAGGAGCUGGAGAAAGCGAUCAAGAGGACGCUGAACUAUCUCCACAGCAUCACCGUGAAGGACAAGCGGCUUCUCAACGCCCCGGCCUUCUGCUACGUCUUCUCCUUCAUCUCCAGGACUCUCACCACCUGGCAGGACGAGGGGAUAAUCACCCAGGGGCUCCAGAUCAUCCAGGAACAUGCGAAACAACGAGCUGAUUCCGAUGACGGAAAAGAUCCGCGGCAUCCGCGAUUGCUUCCUAGACGACAGAUGCUGGAUCUCCUGAUCGAACUGAUGAGUAACACCUCGGGACGGGUGCAGUCCCACGCGGUGGCGACUUUCCUCGAUGUGGCGCACUCUGGUAGUGGAGAGGUUGGGGAGAAUGGGAAGCAGACGGCCCUUGCACAGCCCAACGAGAUCGAUUCUCUCAUCAAUGCUCUGGAAAAUCCAGCGGCAUCUGUCCGCGAUGCGGCUUUGCGUGCUCUCAUGAUAGUCAAAAAGAGCUUUCCUACGGAAAUGUCCAAUUACGAUCAACUUUUGAGGCUCACACGUCGUUUAUGGAUCUCCAAGUUCGACGUUUCUGACGAGAACAAGGUUCUCGCGAAUGACAUCUGGGAGAUCGUGGGCUUUUCCUCAUCGAAUGGUGAGAUACUUUGUGAAGAACUGAUUCAGGAUGUCGCGCAUCCUGUUGAACCCAUCCAACAAGCAGUGGCUCAUGCCCUGGCUAACCUCCUGGAGUCGAAUCCUCACCUCCUCCCGAGUAUCCUCGAGAGUCUUCUGAAGUUGUACCAAGAGAAACUCGCGAUGAUUCCCCCUAAGUUGAACGACUUUGGUCGAGUGGUUGAGCAGCCCGUGGACAUCUGGGGGCCCAGGAGAGGUGUGGCAUUAGCUCUAGCUCAACUAGCUCCAUUACUAACCCCCGAGACCAUCAACCCACUUAUCCAAUUCUUCGUGUCCACGGGCUUGGGAGACAGGAACCCGUCAGUCCGCCAGGAGAUGCUGACAGCAGCACUGGCAGCUGUAGAUCUCCAUGGAAAAGCAAACAUAACUUCGCUUCUCCCAGUCUUCGAAGACUUCAUGGACAAAGCCCCGAAGAUCGGCAGCUUCGACUCCAUAAAACAGUCAGUCGUCAUUCUCAUGGGUUCUCUAGCCCGUCAUCUCGACAAAGACGACACGAGGAUCAAGCCGAUCGUCAUGCGUCUCAUAUCAGCCCUGGCCACCCCGUCCCAACAAGUCCAGGAAGCCGUCGCCAAUUGCCUCCCGUACCUGGUCCCCUCUAUCAAGGACGAGGCUCCCAAAAUCGUCGACAAGCUCAUGGAUCAGCUCCUCAAGUCCGACAAAUACGGAGAGAGGAAGGGCGCGGCUUAUGGGCUCGCGGGCAUCAUCAAGGGAAUGGGAAUCCUCGCCCUGAAGCAGCUCGACAUUAUGACGACGCUGACCAAUGCCAUCCAAGACAAGAAGAACUACAGACAUCGAGAGGGCGCCCUGUUCGCCUUCGAGAUGCUCUGCACAAUGCUGGGGAGGCUGUUCGAGCCGUACAUAGUCCACGUCCUCCCACACCUGCUCCUAUGCUUCGGUGACUCCUCGCAGUACGUUAGAGCCGCCACUGAUGACACCGCAAGAGUCGUCAUGUCAAAAUUGUCCGCUCACGGCGUAAAACUAGUGCUGCCAUCUCUGCUUGCUGCCUUGGAAGAAGACUCCUGGAGGACAAAAACGGGCUCCGUCGAGCUGCUCGGGGCAAUGGCGUACUGCGCACCCAAACAGCUUAGCAGUUGUCUCCCCAGCAUCGUUCCCAAGUUGAUCGAGGUCCUGUCAGACUCACAUACAAAGGUUCAGGAGGCCGGGGCUGAAGCCCUCAAGGUCAUCGGGUCUGUAAUCAGGAAUCCGGAGAUCCAGGCGAUCGUUCCGGUGUUGUUGAAGGCCCUUCAGGAUCCCUCUCGCAAAACUGCCACGUGUCUUCAGACCCUUCUUGACACCCAGUUCGUUCAUUUCAUCGACGCACCGUCACUCGCGUUGAUCAUGCCCGUGGUCCAGCGCGCGUUCAUGGACAGAUCCACCGAGACAAGAAAAAUGGCGGCACAGAUCAUUGGAAACAUGUAUUCGUUGACGGAUCAGAAGGAUCUGACGCCUUACCUACCGACCAUCAUCCCGGGAUUGAAGAUGAGUCUUUUGGAUCCUGUACCGGAAGUUAGAAGUGUCUCCGCGAGGGCGCUGGGAGCGAUGGUCAGAGGAAUGGGUGAGAGCAGCUUUGAGGAUCUUCUCCCAUGGUUGAUGCAGACCUUGACCUCUGAGACGAGCUCGGUAGAUAGAUCCGGUGCGGCGCAAGGAUUAUCAGAAGUCGUGAGGGGGCUUGGGGUCGAGAAGCUGCACAAGCUGAUGCCUGAGAUCAUCAGCACAGCUGAGAGAACGGAUAUCGCGCCGCACGUCAAGGACGGCUACAUCAUGAUGUUCAUCUACAUGCCGAGUGCGUUCACUUCAGAGUUCACCCCAUACAUCGGGCAGAUCAUCAAUCCGAUCUUGAAGGCGUUGGCUGAUGAGAAUGAAUACGUCAGGGAAACGGCACUGAGGGCGGGCCAGAGGAUCGUCACCUUGUACGCGGACUCAGCGAUCAUGUUGCUGUUACCGGAACUGGAGAAGGGAUUGUUCGACGACAACUGGAGGAUUCGGUAUUCUUCAGUACAGCUGCUGGGGGAUCUGCUGUACAGGAUCUCCGGAGUGUCCGGAAAAAUGUCAACAGAGACGGCUAGUGAGGACGACAACUUUGGAACUGAGCAGUCACAUCUGGCGAUCAUCAAGGCCCUGGGUGCUGAGCGGAGGAACAGAGUUCUGGCUGGUCUCUACAUGGGACGAUCAGACGUCGCUCUGAUGGUGAGACAAGCUGCCCUUCACGUCUGGAAGGUCGUUGUCACGAACACCCCGAGAACUCUCCGAGAAAUCCUCCCGACGCUGUUCAGUCUGCUGCUAGGCUGUCUCGCGUCGACGAGCUACGACAAGCGACAGGUGGCGGCAAGGACCCUUGGAGACCUAGUGAGGAAACUCGGUGAGAGGGUUCUCCCCGAGAUCAUUCCCAUCCUUGAACGCGGACUCCAGAGUGACCAAGCCGAUCAGCGCCAGGGUGUCUGCAUCGGCUUAUCCGAGAUAAUGGCUAGCACAAGCAAGGACAUGGUCCUCACCUUCGUCAACAGCCUAGUGCCAACCGUCCGAAAAGCCCUCUGUGAUCCGUUACCCGAAGUCAGACAAGCCGCUGCCAAAACCUUCGACAGCCUUCAUUCCACUGUUGGUGUACGCGCUCUAGAUGACAUUCUACCAACCAUGUUGCAGCAGUUGAACUCCAAGGACCCAGCUGUUGCGGAGAACACAUUAGAUGGACUCAGACAAGUAAUGGCGAUCAAAUCGCGUGUCGUCCUUCCGUACCUCGUGCCCCAGUUGACCUCUCCUCCAGUCAAUACGAAAGCCCUCUCUAUCCUCGCUAGCGUGGCCGGCGAGGCCCUCACCCGCUUCCUCCACAAGAUCCUCCCAGCCCUGCUCACGGCCCUCUCGACCUCCCAGGGGACUCCUUCGGAGCUCCAGGAGCUGGAAUACUGUCAAACAGUGGUUCUCUCCAUCACCGAUGAGGUUGGUGUCCGCACGGUGAUGGAUCAGCUGAUGGAGGCAACGAAAUCCGAGGAUGUGUCUCGUCGUCGGGGCGCUGCGACCCUCCUCUGCGCCUUCUGCAGGGACUCCCGCGCGGAUUACUCGCAAUAUGUUCCUCAGCUACUCAGGGGUCUCAUCCAUCUGUUCACGGACGACGACAAAGAGGUCCUGCAGAAGAGUUGGGAGGCGUUGUCAGCCGUCACCAAGACCCUGGAGUCAGAACAACAGAUAGCGCAUCUGGGGGACAUCCGGCAAGCGGUCCGCUUUGCGGUUUCUGAUCUCAAAGGUCAGGAACUGCUCCCAGGGUUCUGUUUGCCUAAAGGCAUCACGCCGAUUCUUCCCAUCUUCAGGGAGGCGAUCUUGAACGGAUUGCCAGAGGCGAAAGAAGCGGCAGCUCAAGGGCUUGGGGAGGUCAUAAAGCUAACUAGUGCGACUGCCCUUCAACCCUCGGUCGUUCACAUCACGGGACCGUUGAUCAGGAUCUUGGGGGACAGGUUCAACUGGUCGGUCAAGGCAGCUGUUCUCGAGACCCUCGCGAUAUUACUCGGAAAGGUUGGGGUUAUGCUGAAGCAGUUCCUUCCGCAGCUCCAGACGACGUUUCUGAAGGCGUUGAAUGAUAAUAAUAGGCAGGUUAGGUUGAAGGCUGCAUUUGCGUUGAGCAAUCUGAUUAUAAUUCACACGAGGGUGGAUCCGUUGUUCGCGGAAUUGCAUACGGGGAUCAAGGGGGCUGAUGAUCCCGGGGUUAGGGAGACUAUGCUGCAGGCGUUGAGGGGAGUUCUGACACCGGCUGGGGAUAAGAUGACGGAGACCAUGAGGAAACAGGUGUUUGUGACGCUCAGUGGAAUGCUCGGGCAUCCGGAGGACACCACCAGGAGUGCUGUUGCUGGGUGCUAUGGAGCUCUCAUCAGGUGGUUGAGCCCCGAACAAUUGAAUUCAGCAUUUAACGACAAUCUACUAUCAACCGACGUCAAUUGCGAUUGGACCUUGAGACACGGCAGGACAGCUGCCCUCUUCGUGGCCCUCAAAGAGGCGCCGCAGGUAGUUUACACACCCAAGGAUCAGGAGAGGGUCUGCAAAUUGAUACUGGGGUGUCUUGCUGCUGACAAGGUCCAGAUCGUGAUGAAUGGAAUACGCGCCUGCGGCUAUCUCUUUCAGCAUCUCAUGCUCCAGGGCGAGAGCAUUCCCCAGGGGGUCCUCGGGCCCUUCGUCAGGUGUAUGAAUAAUAAUAGCAAUGAGGUCAAACAGCUCAUGGCUAGGGUAUGCAUUCAUCUCGCCAGAAAUGUUCCCAGUGACAAAAUGUCGUUGGAACUCAUGAAGGCUAUUCUACCCAUGUUGGUCAAUGGAACCAAGGAGAAGAAUGGCUAUGUCAAGGCUAAUAGCGAAUUAGCACUCAUCGCUGUACUGAGGCUUAAGCAAGGGGAAGAGGAUCAUCAGCGUUACACAGCCCUUCUGGACGCUGGUGCACGUGAAUCCCUGGCAGAUGUUGUCAGCAAAGUUCUCCGCAAAGUUUUAUCCCAACCCGAGGGAAAGAUCGAGGAAUUGGAUGAUACAUUACUCACCUGAGAGAUAAUAACAAACUCGAGGCUCAAGAGACCGAAAAAAUCACGUUUAAAAUAUAACGACAAUGCAAUUAAUGAAAAACUUAUGAAAUUGAUAAUUCCGAUGGAAUUGCUCAAUUAUCCAAUUAUCAAAGAUGUUCGUAAUAAAUUUAAUCCAAAGAGAGUCAUAAAGAGAAUUAAUAUUUAUUGUUCACACUUUUCCAUUAAUUAUUUAAUCAAUUGUCUAGGUAAUUAUUUAAUUAAUGAGGGUAGAAGAUUGUUUUGGAGAUUUACAAAGUGGAAAGACGAAUCAGUUUUUAAUUUUUCUUUAUUUUCGUUAAAUUUUUGAAAUUCGUUGCAAUAACUGAUUAAAUUAAUUUAUUGGAUUAAUUCGGUGAUUAAUUUGUUGAUUUGUUCAGCUGAUUUUGAUGUUAAUAGCUCAAUUCUUCUAUUUGUUCAUUGAUUAAUUGAAUAAUUAAGGGUUUUGUAUUUUUAUAAAACACUUUUUUAAUUUUGUAAAUUGAAAAAUUAAUGGAAAAGUCGGUGAAUAAUUGACUUUUGAGGAUAAUUGGCGGUGGAGCCUCGGGGGUUAUUAACAGUCGUUCUCAUUGAUAUUCAACAUUUUUUUAAACAUUUGUAAAACGGUCCUACGUCACUGUAAUCAUGUGUAACUGAAUAAUUGUGAAUUAGUUGAGGUAUUAAUGAGAGAUAAAACCAUUUGUUAUACUUUUGUGAGAGUGGGGGACUGAUUGAGAGUCAUAUUAUACAUAAUAGGGUAAUGUCGAA